CAUGGCGGACCCCACGGUGUGCUCGUUCCUCACCAAGGUGCUGUGCGCCAACGGCGGCCGCAUGUUCCUGCAGGACCUGCGCGGCUACGUGGAGCUGUCGGAGGCCAAGCUCCGGGACGUGCUGCAGCGCGCGGGGCCCGACCGCUUCCUGCUGCAGGAGGUGGACGUGCGGGACGGCCUCGGGGACGCCGAGGCCGAGGCGGCGGCCGGCGCGGGCGGCGGCGCCUCCGCCUGGAGGGUGGUGGCCGUGUCCUCCGCGCGCCUCUGCGCCCGCUACCAGCGCGGCGAGUGCCAGGCCUGCGACCAGCUGCACUUCUGCCGCCGGCACAUGCUGGGCAAGUGCCCCCACCGGGACUGCUGGUCUACCUGUACCCUUUCCCAUGAUAUCCACACACCUGUCAACAUCCAAGUCCUGAAAAACCAUGGACUUUUUGGCCUCAAUGAAGCUCAGCUUCGGAUCCUGCUUUUGCAGAAUGACCCCUGCCUUUUACCAGAGGUCUGUUUGCUCUACAACAAAGGUGAAGCCCUCUAUGGCUACUGCAACCUCAAGGAUAAAUGCAACAAGUUUCACGUCUGCAAAUCCUUUGUCAGAGGAGAGUGCAAGCUUCCGACCUGCAAACGGUCCCAUCAGCUCAUUCAUGCCACAGCCCUGAAGUUGCUACAGGACCAAGGACUGAAUAUUCCAAGUGUUGUUAAUUAUCAGAUAAUCUCUACCUACAAGCAUAUGAAGCUGCACAAGAUGCUUGAAAAUAAAGAUAAUUCAGCCUCUUCUGGUGAGCAUUCCCAGGGCUCUGAGAAACAUGGCGUACAUGUAGCUGGGGCUGCAGAAGCCAGUCCUCUGGUUUCUGUCGCUGCUCAGUCGGCCAAGAAGCCCUGCCCAGGUAAACCUUAAAGGGCCUCCACGAACAAGAAGCAGCUUGUCCAGCUUGGAAGAUGUGAAAACAAGGCUUCUGUUGAGCUUUCAU